AUGGAUAAGAAGCAAGAGCCUUUUUAUCGUAGAGGAAAUAAAACUGUUUUACGAUUAAGCACCAGGAGAAGAAAACGGACAACUUUUCCAAAAAAAAAGGGAGACAUGAACUCUGUAAUGGGAACUGAGACCAAUCCGUUACCAUCGACAGAUUGUUUAGAUGCAGCUGCAAUCUGUAGCACUGUAAGCCAUGUCAGCAAUGACAAUAACGAAAUUGACUUUGAGUUGGACUGUUCAGCUACUCCGUCGACUAGCCAAACGGAAUCUCUGAAAAGUUGCAAUUCUCCAAUCAAUCCUGAAGGUCGGAGAGUAGUUGACUUACAAUUUUUUAUAAGCGAGCUUGUAAAAUUUUCUGGCCAUUCACCACAAUUUGGAUGUUCUCUUGAAAAUAUGAAGAUAUUGAAGGAAGAAAGAAAAGGUUUAUUAUCGAUUCUUCAUGUGACAUGUAACAUGUGCAAUGAAAAAUUUGAAAUUCCGACAUCAAAAGUUACCGACGACAAUGUCAAUAAUAAUGCAGUACUUGGAAUUAUGUCCAUUGGAUCAGGAUUUGCUCACUUACAACAAAUAUGCACUUCUUUGGAUAUUCCAUGUUUAUCUGAGAAACUUUACAGUUCUGUACAUGAAAAUAUUUGCGAUUUGUGGGAAGAAACAGCUGUGAAGUACAUGAAAGAAGCUGCAGAGGAAGAACGAGCACUAGCUAUCGCUAAUGGGGAUCAAAAUCAACUGAGACUUCGAUGGGCUAUUGACAAAGCUAUUAAACAUUGGAAAAACAAAAACGAUUUGACAUUAUCGGAAAAAAUCGUUAAAUUGAAAAGAGACAUAGAAAAUUCCACGAGCCAUGUGUUUGGAGAACACAAAGAGUGCAAGUCGAUUGGAUACUUUUGCGAAAAGCCAUUUGACCAAGGUGAAUGUGCACUAAAAGAUUUGAAAUUGACUGAUCUGUAUGAUAAAUUAUGCAGCUUCAAAAAUUACCUUAUUCGCCAUGCUUCAAGUUUAAUUCACGAUGUAGACAACAACAGUGUGGAGCAAUUCAAUUCCAUAAUUGCGAAAUUUAUAGGAGGAAAGAGAAUAAAUUAUUGUAGAAGGCGUUCGUACCAAAGCAGAUGCGCUGCUGCCGUGGUAAGCCAUAAUACCAAAAUGCCCAUUUAUACAUUGAGGAAACAGCUAAAUAAGGGAAGUACUCCAAGUAAAUUAUCGAAAAAAUUGGAGUUCUGUCGAAUGAGAAAAAAUAGUAGAGCGCUACGAAAAUGUGCUAAAAAACUGUUUACUAAAAAAAUAUCAAAAGCUGAUGAUGGUAGCGAAAGCUAUGGUAUUGCCUGUCAGAAGCCAGAUAUGGACGAAACUGAAUACACCGAAGCAAAAGAUAGAUUUUAG